AUGGUAGAGAAAAAAUUUGCCAAAUGGGUGCAUACAACAUUGGAGGUAUAUGUGGACGACAUGCUCGUGAAAAGUAAGGACUCAGGGGAUCACGUGGAAGAUUUAAAGGAAAUAUUUGAGCAAAUGAAGAAGUACGAAAUGAAGAUAAAUCCGGCGAAAUGCAUUUUUGGAGUUGAGUCAGCGAAGUUCUUGGGCCAUAUAGUUUCGAGGAAAGGAAUAGAGGUAGACCCAGCUAAAGUACAAGCCAUACUAGAAAUGUCGUCACCUGCCACUGGUGCAAAAUUUUCUUGGACACAAGAAUGUGAGAAAGCGCUGCAAAACAUCAAAGAGUACUGGAUCAAUUUGUCAAUACUACAAAAGCCAGAACCAGGGGAAGAAUUACUUAUUUGUCUAGCAGCAACACCAAAUGCCCUUAGUGCAGUACUACUUCGAACGGAUGAAGGGGUGGAGAAGCCGAUAUUUUACGUAAGCAAAACGUUAAACUCAGCAGAAAGGAACUACCCUAAGAUUGAAAAACUAAUACUAGCACUGACUUCCACGAAGUCACACAUCAUUGUAGAAUUCCUAGCUGAAUUCCCGUCAGCAGAAGAUGAAGGGGUAAAGGAGAUGAUGGAUGUAGAUGAAGGACGCCUGGACCCAAUGGAUCUACUACAAGAAAUCCAUCCUCGAAGAUGGGAGAUAUUCGUUGAUGGGUCUUCAAACAGCUCCGGAGGAGCCAAAUAUGAAGCAAUAGUACAAGCUUUAAGGAUUGCGAUCGAAAUGGGAUUGGACGACGUAAGAAUUACCAGCGAUUCACAGCUAGUAGUUCGCCAAAUUGAGUGGAGGUAUAACGCGGUUUAUCCGGUGAUGCAAAAGUACUUACAACUCGUGAAGGAGUAUUCUGCCGAGAUACGAAGCAUAAUUUGGAGGAACAUAGGCCGGGAUAAUAACAGACACGCAGAUGCUCUUGCCUUUAUAGCUUCAAUGAUUGAAGACCCGAAAAUUGGGCAUAUUCGGUUCGAACGGUUAAUGCAUCCAUCAGUAAGCAAGGAAGACAAGGAACUGAGGGUUAUGAUCGUUGAAGAAGGAGAUAUGGAGGUAGAUGACAACGAUUGGCGAGCCCCUAUCUACAACUAUUUGACGAAAGGAGAUCUCCCGCGAGAUAGACAAGAGGCAAAUAAGAUUAAGAGCAAAGACACGAAUUACGAGGCAGAAUGGGCUGGCAGACUGGAUAGAAUGGCUGACAUGCAGAAUGGGAUGGCAGACUGGAUGGAAUCUGGAUGGCAGCAUAUCUGGCAACAUGGCUGGAAGUUGUAUGGCAGCACCAUCGGCAACACGGCCUUGACACUGGCUGAUGGUUGA